AUGGGGUGCAAACCGCAUUUCAGCAGGACGUUCCUGGCAGCAGCCACAUGCUUCCUGCUGCUUCUCUGCCCGCCGACACGCGGCACACGGAAGCGCUGGAGACGAGCGCCUCACCUGAAGCUGACGGAGAAGCACGAUGAUUAUGAGUACCCCCUUCACUCUCACGGCAGCCCCUACCAGAAGAACGACCGCUGCCCCCCUCCGCCGCAGACGUUACCAGACCGGGCCUGCGAGGUGCCCAGCUGCCGCUCGGACUCCGAGUGCGAGAGACACAAGCGUUGCUGCUAUAACGGGUGCAUCUACGCCUGCCUGGAGUCGGUGCCGCCACCCCCAGUUUUAGAUUGGCUGGUGCAACCCAAGCCACGAUGGCUGGGCGGAAACGGCUGGCUACUGGAUGGACCGGAGGAAGUGCUGCAAGCUGAAGCGUGCAGCACCACGGAGGACGGCGAUGAACCUCUUCACUGCCCGACAGGGUACGAAUGCCACAUCAUCAGCCCGGGCAACGCUGCUGAGGGCAUCCCCAACAGGGGGCAGUGCAUAAAGCUACGCGGGAACUCUGAUGGAUGGAAUCUAAGACCUAAGUAUUACAAGGAAUAUUUUGGAAGCCGUUCCAAUAAUGUGGUGGGUUAUGUAAAACCACAGCAGAAACCUCUUGGUUAAGUCAAGCAAAACCUCCAGGAGACACUUCCCAACCUGAGAUGAUGCCUCUACUGCCACUGCAAGCACCCUGCCUCUCCGCCUCUGCUCCUGCCGUCUUGCUUUCCUGCCGUCAUCACGGUCGCCAGCAGGAUCCCUCAAGUCCACCUUGGCUUGCACCUUGACCUCACGUUCUUGUCCUCCGCUUGGUUUGGACAGGACAACCUCUCACUGACUCGGAUGCAUCGUGUUCUUUCUAAGCACACAGCUGCUGAUCCAGUUUGAACUCCUUGUCUUCUCAUUUUUAUACUUCCUUAUAGCUCAGAGACCAGUAAGAAAGCUCAGAUGGGACACUGAGUCAUACAGAGACAAAGGGACUAAUUGAUAUACUUUCUCGAAAAAAUACAGGGACACAAAUCAGCCUUCGGUGGGUCACCUGUCGGUUAUAUUUUUCUGAUAUUUAAAAGUCAUGGUUUCAAAUAGCGUUCUUCACUCUAAAUGCCUUCAGAGCAUCAAUUUAUCCCAUCACUCACAUUUCAGCAAUACAAGGUUUCUGGCAGGGAAUGACAUCUUGCCGUGAGACUUGUACACAGAAAUAAAUAUAUCUUGUCC